AUGAAGGUGCCAAUGAAAAUUUCGGUUGUCACCUCCCCAGGUCUCACCUCGGAUCGACAAAUGGAGGCGCUGCUUUCAACACCCAAGCACUUCACAGAGGAGCACGUGCGCCGUGCAAAGGUGGCCACGGGGAUCACGAUGGAGUACAUGCUGGAGACCAAUGCUGAUGCGCACAGCCCAGCAUGCCGACACCUGCCCGAAGAGCGGUUGGUGCUGAUCAUGGGCUUCCUUCAGCUGAAGGAGCUGUGGGGUCCCGUGAUCGACAUGUUGAUGAGGAAAUGGGACGCUAAGAAGCAAGGCCGGAACCUGAAAAUCCUCACCUUCGAUAACCGAGGCGUGGGCGGCACUGACGCGCCCUUGGGGAGAUACACCACCAGCCAAAUGGCGGACGACGCGACUAGUUUACUGGACCAUCUUGGGUGGGAAUCUGCAAACUUUCUUGCGUGCUCUUUUCCGGAGCGUGUACAGUCCCUCUCUCUAUUGGUGAGUACUCGCGGUCGAUAUGUCCCGGACAUCCGCUCGAUGGUUCCGUUGCUUGGCGCCAUCUUCUCGCCGACUCAGACGGGCGUUGUGAAGAACACCGUGUCGCUCAAUUACCCGUCGGACUUCCUCGACCGUCCGAUUGGUGACAAAGAUGUACGCAGUGUGCUAGAGCGGCACUACGCCACGCUUCCGAACCGACACAAACCGGCCGGCUAUAAGGCACUAGUGUGCCAGGGUAUGGCCGUGCAGACGCAUUAUGUCUCGGACGAACGACUCGAAGUCAUUGCGAAGGCAGGGUUUCCCGUCCUGGUCGUUGGGAGUAUGCGGGACAUCUUAAUCCCGCCGGAAGAGUCCGUGAAGCUCCUGCAGCGACUUCCGGGCGACCAGGUACGGGCUCUCUUCUUCAAGAACGGUGGCCACGGCAUUGACACGCAGUUUGCAGAGGAAGUCGCUAACGGUCUCGUCAAGACCCUGAAACGAGCCCGACUUUGA